CCCAAAAUAUUUUCCUGCAAAACAAGAAUGGCGAUCGGAAAGAAGAAGAGUAACAACUCGCCUCAAACGAUAUCCGAACCCGAAAUCUGGUCAUUCAUCAUCUCCCAAACUUCAAAAUCAUGCUUCCUCUGCAUAGCCCUCUUCGCCGUCUUCAUUCGGCUCGCCGUCGCGCUCCACCCCUAUUCCGGCGCCAACACGCCGCCGAUCUUCGGCGAUUACGAGGCGCAGCGCCACUGGAUGGAGAUUACCAUCAAUCUUCCACCUAAGGACUGGUACCGCAACAGCACCGUCAAUGAUCUCAAAUAUUGGGGACUCGAUUACCCCCCUCUCACUGCUUACCAGAGUUACUUCCAUGGCAUUUUGCUGAGGUUCUUCGAUCCAGCAUCGGUGGCUCUUUCGAGUUCUCGCGGAUACGAAUCCUACAUUGGGAAGCUGUUGAUGAGGUGGACGGUUCUGAUGUCUGAUUUGAUGAUAUUCUUUCCUGCAGUGCUUUAUUUUGUAACUGUGUAUUACUCUGGGAAUCCUGAUGACAAAAAGAGCAGUAAGGCUUGGCACAUUUUGAUGAUUCUAUUGAACCCAUGUCUCAUUUUGAUUGAUCACGGCCAUUUUCAGUACAAUUGUAUUAGUUUGGGGCUAACUGCUGCUGCUGUUGCGGCAAUUUUAUCAAAUAGAGACCUUGUUGGCUCCAUGCUAUUUUGCCUGGCUCUUAAUCACAAACAGAUGAGUACAUAUUAUGCACCUGCCUUUUUUACUUAUCUUUUGGGCAAGUGCCUGAGGCGCCAGCGUCCAAUAGUUGAGGUUUUGAAACUAGGUUUGUUGGUUUUAGGGACCUUUGCUCUAGUUUGGUGUCCAUACCUUAAUUCAGUGGAUGCAUUUUUGGAGGUUCUUUCUCGGUUAGCUCCAUUUGAGAGAGGUAUAUACGAGGAUUAUGUUGCAAACUUUUGGUGCACGACUUCAGUUGCCGUGAAAUGGAAGAGAUUGUUUACAACACAAUCACUGAAACUUCUCAGUCUUGUUGCAACAGUUUCCACAUGUCUUCCUUCCAUGAUCCAGCUUGUUUGGUCACCAACCAAACGUGGUUUUCUGCACGGUUUGCUAAACUGCUCGUUCUCAUUUUACCUAUUCUCAUUCCAAGUACAUGAGAAAUCUAUCCUGCUUCCACUUCUGCCUGCAAGCUUCUUGGCUGUGGAAGAACCGUUUGUCUUCCAGUGGUUUAUACACUCUGCUUUGCUCUCCAUGUUCCCUCUUUUAAGGCGUGACAAUUUGGUACUUCCAUAUGCUGCUCUGUAUGGCCUUUUUGUCCUACUCUACCAUGCACCCGGUGUCAGGAAAGAUGCAAGAGUGUCCAGUUCCAUUCCAUUUAUUCUGAAAUUGUUUGCAUCUGCUUGCUCUCUUGUCAUUCAUAUCGUCUACAUAACAGUUACUCCUCCAGAAAAAUAUCCUUUUCUCUUUGAAGCUGUGAUUAUGAGCUUAUGUUUCUCUCAGUUUGUAUUGAUUUUGAUAUAUAUAAAUAUAAAACAGUGGGCACCAUCUAAGAUUUCAAGUGAAGCAGAUACCAAAAAGAAGAGGCUCUGAUUUUCUUUAGGAAGAUGUAUUAGACUGCGAACACAUUUUGAGCUCCUCAGGAUAUUGAAGAUAUUCGAAAACCUUUUCUGCUCGAUACCCUAUACUAGUUUAGCUGUAUCUGUACCAUUAAUGAUGAUUUAACAGCUUCCCGAUACCUAACAGGCUAACAUAUCACACGCACAUCAGAUCUCAUUGUAUUGAAUAGAUAUUGAUCAGGAGCUAAAAACACUCAUUUUCUUGAGUCUGCCUGAUUUAGUUUUUCCUCGUACAAUUUGCCUAUCUCAUGCAUUCGGCAUUGUUAUUUUAUCUCAUGCUUGUUAGUUCACUUACGCUUGGUCAGGUGGCCGAGUGUGAAAGUAAUUAUCCUUGCUUUUGAACAUGAAACUUGAGACAUCAUUUCCAUGUGGGCUUGAUUAAUUGUUUGUUUGGAAUCUAUGUGUAAUAAAGGGAUUAUCUCAUAUGGUAGGAAUGUCGGUAUGAUAAAGUCAUGUGGUGUCAAACCAUGUUUGCCAGUUUUGGUAGGAAUGAAUGGUAAUGGUGAAAUGUGCAGAUGGUCUUUCUUCCAAAUAAGCAGGUGGUUGAUGCCACGUAACAGAGGUCAACUGGAUACAGCAACUGUAAAUGCUCGUCCACGGUAAAGUAGCUUUGGUAAGUAGUCGACUCUUAGCAGCAUGUGGCCGUAUGGGCGCUGCAGCCAUUUUCCUAACUGAAUUCAUCUUCAUGUUGGUGAUGAUGAUACACUUACACAUACACGAGAGUCUAUAUAUUCAUAUCUAUAAGCUUAACAUUGCAUGAUCAUUAUUUUUCCCAGAAUAUUCAAGGUAGAAUAAUUAUUCUUUUCUUUUAAACUUAA